AUGGGAGAUGAUAAGAAAGCUGCUAAGAGCGAUGAUAAAAAGGAAGAUGAGGAUGAGAGGUUGGAUUACAUACUGACUUAUCUUACGAAGACGUUGCGCUUGAAACAGGACAAAUGGAACAAAAUGAUAGCCACUGAUGAGUAUAAAUCGGUGGUUAUGAAUUUCCUAAAUAAAUGGCAAAUGAUGCUGAUUUUGAGAAUUGCUACUUCAGGAUUACUAGUUUCCGCAACCGAAUUCCCCAAUUCGCAACGCAACAAAUUUACGUAUUUUAUCAAGAAAAGCGAAACUCAUCUCGACAUGGAUAAUAUUAAAGAAGAACUUAUAAUGGGCGAGUUCUCUUAUAAACCCAUCGAAGAUUUAUCCAUACUUGCUGAGGAGAUCUUUACUCCUAUACUCACCAAUUACAACAAUUCUAGAGGAUGGCCAAAUGUUCUUUAUACAGAUGUAAAGAAGCAAAUUGUUGCAUUCAACAGUACACUAUAUCAGAUUAAAGGAUCUUUGAAAGGCGUGACAUUGUUACCCAUGCCAUCAGAUAUAGAACACAUCUUUGAAGCUGAGGAGCGUUAUAGACAAGGCGAGGUUUAUGAUUCCGACUUGGUUCUCAAGGCCUCGGCUGAAGCCGCUGUUAUACGAUGGUCUAAUAUAAUAAGUGACAUUCUUAAGCAAACUUCAAUGGUGUCAUUUGCUGGAGGUGCUCAUCCAGGGCCUAGCAAAGAAGUUCAGUUUUGGUUGUCAAGAUUAAAGAAUUUGGAAGGUAUCUAUAAUCAACUCAGAGAUCCGAGGGUUAAAAAGUUGGUCAUGUAUUUGGAAAUGACAGACAGCAGCUAUAUGACAUGUUUCAAAGAUAUAUUUAAGUGCGUCGUGGCUGGAAUUAUUGAGUCGCGAGACAUUUCCUUAUAUUUCAUGCCAAUGAAGCAGCACUUUGAGCGUUUUGAGGGCGACGAAUUUAUUGAUAAUUCAGAUUAUAUUAAGCCAUUUCUACAUUGCAUUGGAUUAUUUUGGGGAAACUGUCGGUAUUAUUGUAACAGCGGAAAGAUAGUACUGCUUUUGCAACAAGUCGCAAAUUCUCUUAUUGAUGCGGUCACUAGAUCGAUAGAACCAAGUUCGAUUUUCCAAGGGGACACCGAAGAGAUCCAUAAGAAGUUUAUUAUAUGUUUAGAACUUUUAGACAAAUUUGAGAAGAAUUUUGAGAUCGUCAGGAAUAAUUUAGAACAGUACUUUCCAGCAGAGGUCACUCCCGUCCCUUGGACGUUUCAUUCUCGGAAUGUCUUUCAAAGAUUGUACGAUUUUAAAGCCAGACUUAAAUUGGUUGAUGGAAUUUUAGCUACGGCUUUGGAGUAUUUUAAAUUGGAAAAGGUGGAAAUUGGCGGUCUUAAAGGCAGAAUUAUUUCACAGAAAUGUGUUGAGUUGUUUGAAGAAUUUAACAAAGCCUAUAGUAAAUUUCAAAAUAUUCAAUAUGAUAUAUUAGAUAUUGAGGACGAAAAUAUAUAUAAGCAUGAAGGAAAAUUUGCAAAGAAGUGCUUCGAUUACGAUAUGCGUCUAGCAGCAAUCUUUUGUCAGGGAUUUGAUGAAUGCAAUGAUUUGGAGGGUAUGUGUAAAUUGGUGAACAUAAUUGGUAAUCUUAUUGAGAGGACAAUCAUUUACACUGAGUUAAAGCCAAAGAUUGAUCGAUUAGUAGAACUUUUAUCAGUUGAAUUGGAUACUGUCAAAGCACUUUACGAUGAAGGAAUAAAGCACGGCGUUCCAACAAAUAAUUAUUUUCCUCCAGUAUCUGGAAAAAUGUGGUGGCUUCAUAAAUUAAGAUCUCGCAUUACAUUUCAAACGGAAAUGUAUAAAUCAGUUAAUCAUCCAACCAUAAAAAAUGAAGACUCAUUAUAUAACCUGGAGAAAUACGAUCAACUAAUAGAUAUAAUUGUUAGUGAUGAGAAGAAGACGUUCGAAGAUUGGGCUAAAACGAUACCACAGAUUAUUGCAAAGAAUUUGUCCAAAAUGCAGUUACUAAGAAGCAACAAUGAUAUGCUUAUAGAAUUGAACUUUGACGCCGAGUUGGAGUGUGCCCUUAGGGAAAUCAAAUAUAUUAAGUUAUUGGGAAAGGAGGAAGAUCUUCCGGAAAGUGCAAAAGGUCUCUUCGAUCGCAACGAGGAGUUGGUGAAAGCUGUUCAAAAUCUUAUGAGAACAGUCGAGUGGUAUAAUCACUUGAAGCAAAAAACCUUGAGUGUAGAAUUUGCAAUGAUACAACCAGAAAUCGAAGAAAUAGAUGAACUACUGGAGCAAGCGAUUACGGCAUUAACAUGGGAAACAGACAGUUAGUUUAUAUAUUUUGAACAGAUCAACGAAAUGCACGUCAGGUUGCAUGAGUUAUAUCUUCGGGUGAGUCAAGCACAAAACAACAUUAGUAAUUUCUUUGAGGAAGCGGAUAUGUGGGCACUACAACCAAUAUUUGGAAGGAAAGACGACAAAGAUGAUGAACUUAUUGGCUUAGAUAAUAGGUUAGAUCGAAUUACCAAGAAAUACGAGAAGGUGAAAAAUUCAUCUGAUGAAAUAAUAUUAAUUUUAAAAGAAAAUUAUUACCUAUAUCAUGCAGCUUUGGAAGAUGAGAAAUGGAUAGAUUAUCUCAAUUAUUUAGAUGACUUGAUCUUGAAAAAGUUACUAGAAGCCGCUACAGUGAGUAUGCACUUCUUCACUUACGAAAUGAACGAGAAUGGCGAAAAGUAUCCAGUAUUUGAAAUCACGAUCGAGUUAAGAGAUCCAAAUAUCUAUUCUGAUCCAUCAUUUGAUAUGGAACAGGACAAUAAUUUUCCACGCUUUCUUAAUGGUCUUCUGAUAGAGAUUACUCAAAUGGGAGAGUACUUUGUACGUAUUUUAUUGGAAAAGGGAGAGAAUUACCUACAAGACGUGAUACAUGACAACUACAUUCAAGACAUACAAAAUGAUAUAUUGGCCAAGGCAAAUGCAGCAGUCCAAGAAGCAGUUACCUAUUUAGAGGAGUUCGAAGAAUACGAGUAUCUUUGGUUGGAUAGUCGUCAAGAAUUCUUGAGGCAGUUUCUUCUGUAUGGUAAAGUUUUAACGCCAGAAGAAAUAGUGUUAUCACGGAAUGAAGAAGGGAUCAAGGAGACGCCACCAACGAUUAAACAAUUUAAAGAACAGAUCGAUACUUAUGAAGAAUUAAAGAUCAAGAUUGAGGCUAUCCCAUAUGAAAAGAAAAUUUUGGGUUGGUUGAGAUUGGAUAUAAAACCGCUUAGGCAGAGUAUAUUGAAUAUGGCAUGUAAGUGGAGUCAUAUGUUUAAACAACAUUUGAUGGAUCAUGUAUUAAACAGUAUUGAAGAGCUAGAGAAUUUUAUUAUUGAAUCUAUUGAGGCGAUGCAAAAGCCUCUUGCAGACGAUGACUAUGAUGGUCUCAUAACAAUUAUGGGAUAUUUGUUUAAGGUAAAAGAUCGUCAGAUGGCUACAGACUAUAUGUUUGAUCCAUUGAAGGAGAUCAUGAAUCUUUUGGGUGAAUAUGGUGUUGAAUUUACAGAAGAGACUCAUGUACAACUCCAGGAGCUACCUGAUAAAUGGAAUAACUGCAAAAAAGUGGCGCUCACUACUAAACAAGCUAUUGCACCUAUGCAAGCUAACCAAGUUAAUGCUAUAAGGAAGAGAUUGGCAUUGUUCGACAUCAGACAAUCUAUGUACAGAGACAACUUUAAGAAAAGUUCAAUAUUCAAGUUUACCUGUAAAGAUGUAUAUAAAACAUUGGACAAAAUUCAUCGAGAGGUUAAAGAGCUAGAAACUGACAUGGAUAAAUUGGUUGAUCAAGGAAAUUUGUUUGAGCUUCAAAUACCAGAGUUCAAACCUAUUAAGACUGUACGAAAGGAAGUAAAAAUGGUAAAACAAUUAUGGGAUUUUGUGAAUAUUGUCAAUUCAAAUAUUGACGAGUGGAAGUACACACCUUGGCGUAAGAUAGACGUUGAAGGUAUGGAAAUGGAAUGUAAGAAGUUUGCAAAGGAGUUACGAGCAAUGGAUAAAGAGCUAAGGACAUGGGAUGUAUACAACCAAACUGAGGCAACAAUUAAAAAUCUCUUGACGUCAUUGAGAGCAGUUACAGAGUUACAGAAUCCAGCCAUUCGAGAUAGACAUUGGAAACAGCUGAUGCAAGCAACCAAGGUGAAAUUCGUGAUGGACGAAGGAACAACUCUAAAUGAUUUGCUUGCGCUUAACUUACACGAGUAUGAAGACGAGGUGAAGAAUAUUGUUGAUAAAUCUGUUAAAGAGAUGGCAAUGGAAAAAGUCCUGAAAGAGUUAAAUGUGACAUGGUCCACCAUGAAUUUCGAAAACGAUAUGCACGAACGAACAAAAUUGAAUUUAUUGCGUGCAUCUGAGGAGCUUAUAGAAACUUUAGAAGAUAACCAAGUACAGCUUCAAAAUAUGAUGACAUCCAAGUUCAUAGACUUCUUUCUCGAAGAAGUUUCAGAUUGGCAAAAGAAAUUGUCGAAUGCAGAUCAAGUGAUACAGGCAUAUUUUGAAGUGCAACGCAAAUGGUGUUAUUUAGAGAGCAUUUUUAUUGGAUCAGAGGACAUUCGUAAUCAAUUGCCAGAAGAUUCAAAGAGAUUCGAUAGAAUCGAUAAAGAUUUUAAAGAUGUUUUGAAUGAAAUGCAGAAGACACCAAAUGUAGUGAAAGCAACAAACAAACCAGGAUUGUACGAAAGAUUAGACGGCAUUCUUGGGGAGUUGAUGCUUUGUGAGAAGGCAUUAAAUGAUUACUUGGAAACAAAGAGGUUAGCAUUUCCACGUUUUUACUUUGUUUCCUCCGCCGAUCUUUUGGAUAUAUUAUCGAAUGGUAAUCAGCCGGACAUGGUUCAGAGACACUUGACUAAACUUUUUGAUUCUCUGGCAAAAUUAAGAUUUGAACAGGAGGGUGGAAAGAAUAGCAAAAAAGCAAAAGCAAUGGUUUCUAAAGAGAAUGAAGAGGUUGUAACGUUUGUGGGCAUUUGUGAUUGUACGGGAAAAGUUGAGGUCUGGUUGAAUAGAGUCAUUGAAAUUAUGCGAAAAACACUUCAUAAACUGUUUGGAGAAGCUAUAAGCACAUAUGAUGAAAAACCAAGGGAAGUGUGGAUUUUUGAUUAUCCAGCUCAGCCGGCUUUAUGCGGAACGCAAAUUUGGUGGACUUCUGAAGUGAAUAUGGCCUUUGCCAGGCUUGAGGAAGGUUAUGAAAAUUCGUUAAAAGAUUAUCAAAAGAAGCAAAUAGCCCAAUUGAAUGCACUGAUUGUCUUGCUGCUCGGUGACUUGUCUGCAGGUGAUCGUCAAAAGAUCAUGACAAUAUGUACAAUUGACGUGCAUUCGCGAGAUGUAGUUGCUAAAAUGAUAGUAGUUAAAGUUGAAAAUUCUCAGGCAUUUCAAUGGCAGAGUCAGUUACGACACAGAUGGGACGUAAAGGUGAAAGACUGUUUUGCCAAUAUAUGCGAUGCACAGUUUAGAUAUCAAUACGAGUAUCUAGGGAAUACGCCGCGUCUUGUUAUUACACCCUUAACCGAUCGAUGUUAUAUAACAUUGACUCAGAGUCUGCAUUUAAUUAUGGGUGGGGCACCAGCUGGGCCUGCAGGAACAGGAAAAACUGAAACUACUAAAGAUUUGGGCAAAGCCUUAGGAAUUAUGGUCUACGUGUUCAAUUGUUCAGAGCAGAUGGAUUAUAAAUCCGUAGGCAAUAUUUAUAAAGGCUUAGCCCAGACUGGAACUUGGGGGUGUUUUGAUGAGUUCAAUCGAAUAUCUGUUGAAGUAUUAUCCGUCGUAGCGGUUCAAGUUAAAACCAUUCAAGAUGCAAUCAAGGAUAAGAAAACUCGUUUUAAUUUCUUGGGAGAGGAUAUUGCUCUAAUACCAACGGUCGGUAUUUUUAUCACAAUGAAUCCGGGAUAUGCAGGACGUACCGAGUUACCUGAGAAUCUGAAAGCCCUCUUCAGACCUUGUGCCAUGGUUGUGCCCGAUUUUGAGUUAAUUUGUGAAAUUAUGUUGGUUGCUGAAGGUUUUCAAGAAGCACGACUUUUGGCUAGGAAAUUCAUAACAUUGUACACGUUAUGCAAAGAAUUAUUAAGCAAGCAAGAUCAUUAUGAUUGGGGAUUGAGAGCUAUUAAGUCUGUGUUGGUAGUUGCCGGAUCACUAAAACGUGGCGACCGUCAACGUCCGGAAGAUCAAGUAUUGAUGAGAGCUUUACGAGAUUUCAACAUACCUAAGAUUGUUACGGAUGAUGUGCCAGUGUUUAUGGGUUUAAUCGGUGAUUUAUUUCCGGCUCUGGAUGUGCCACGGAAGAGAAAUCUGGAGUUUGAAGUUUUAAUCAAAAGAUCAGCAAUUGAUAUGAAGUUGCAGCCUGAGGAUGGCUUUGUUCUUAAAAUUGUCCAAUUGGAAGAAUUAUUUGCUGUGAGACAUUCUGUGUUUAUCAUUGGUUUUGCUGGAACAGGAAAGUCAAUGGUCUGGAAAACACUUAAUAAAACGUAUUUUAAUAUGAAAAGACGACCAGUGUACAAUGAUUUAAAUCCAAAGGCAGUAACUAAUGAUGAACUAUUUGGUGUUAUUAACCCAUCUACACGCGAGUGGAGAGAUGGAUUAUUUUCUGUAAUAAUGCGUGAGCAGGCCAAUUUAACAGGAGAUGGUCCUAAAUGGAUUGUACUAGAUGGUGAUAUUGAUCCAAUGUGGAUCGAAUCUCUAAAUACCCUGAUGGAUGAUAACAAAGUAUUAACUUUAGCUAGCAAUGAACGUAUAGCACUUACAACCCAUAUGAGACUAUUAUUUGAAAUUGCGAAUCUUCGUACAGCCACACCAGCCACUGUAUCUAGGGCGGGUAUUCUUUACAUUAAUCCUGCAGAUUUGGGCUGGAAUCCGUAUGUAUCAUCUUGGAUUGAUACAAGAACACAACAAAGUGAAAAGGCAAAUUUAUCAUUGUUGUUUGAUAAGUACGUACCACCAUGCCUUGAAGCUAUGCGAAUCCGUUUCAAGAAAAUAACUCCUAUUUGUGAAAUUGCUCAUAUUUCCAUGCUUUGUUAUUUAUUGGAUUGUUUUUUAACACCUCAGAAUGUCCCAUUAGAUUGCCCUAAGGAUUGGUAUGAAAUAUAUUUUGUUUUUUCGAUCGUUUGGGCGUUUGGUUCGGCAUUAUUUCAAGAUCAAAUUAUUGAUUGGAGGAAUGAGUUUAGCAAAUGGUUUACUAAUGAAUUUAAAGCAGUGAAGUUUCCUACUGCUGGUACCGUUUUUCAUUACUAUAUUGACGAAGAAACAAAACAAUUCUUACCUUGGGAAGAUUUGACUAGAGAUUUUGAAUUGGAUGCAGAUAUUCCCCUUCAAGCAACUCUGGUAAACACUGAUGAAACUACUAGAGUAAGAUUUUUUGUAGACCAUCUUAUGGCAAAGAAACUCCCUGUGAUGUUAGUAGGAGGUGCAGGUUGCGGAAAAUCUGUAAUAAUCCAAGAAAAAUUAGAUGAGCUAUCAGACCAGUAUUUAGUUACUAAUGUACCGUUUAAUUUUUAUACCACUUCGGAGAUGUUGCAGAAGAUUCUAGAAAAACCAUUGGAGAAAAAAGCUGGAAGGGUUUAUGGUCCACCCGGUAGUAAGCAGAUGAUUUAUUUCAUAGAUGAUAUGAAUAUGCCUGAGGUAGACAAGUACUUCACUGUGCAGCCACAUACGUUGCUUAGACAACAUUUGGAUUAUCAGCAUUGGUACGAUCGUCAAAAAUUGACGCUUAAAGACAUACAAAAUAUCCAAUAUGUAUCAUGUAUGAAUCCUACUGCAGGAUCUUUUACUAUUGAUCCAAGACUUCAACGGCAUUUCUGUGUAUUUGCAAUGAGUUUUCCAUCAGUGGAAGCACUAUAUGUGAUUUACAAUUCUAUUCUGUCUCAGCAUAUGCUUAUACCAGGAAACAAAUUUUCCCCAAAUUUGCAGAAAGGGUGUCCAUCUAUUGUUGCAGCAGCUUUACAGCUUCAUCAGAGAAUAUCUAUGACGUUCUUACCAACUGCGGUCAAAUUUCAUUACAUAUUUAAUUUGCGUGACUUAUCUAACAUCUUCCAGGGAAUGCUCUUUGCGACAGGCGAUGCCAUCAACAAUCAGACAAGUCUUAUAAGGCUAUGGAUGCACGAAUCAAUUCGAGUAUAUGGAGAUAAAUUCACCGAAACCAAAGAUAACGAUACGUUCAAAAAGUUGAUCACAGAGAUUGUGAAAAAGGGUUUUGAGGAAAUAAAUGAAAACGAUGUAUUUGAAACACCAUUGAUAUUUUGCCACUUUGCUGAAGGAAUAGGUGAUCCUAAAUAUCAUCAGAUUUUAGAUUAUUCGCAUUUGAAUAAGUUGCUAUUAGAAGCUCUAGCUAGUUAUAACGAUUUGGUAGCGGCAAUGAACUUAGUAUUAUUUGAAGAUGCUAUGAACCAUAUCUGUAGAAUAAAUCGAAUUAUGGAAGCACCAAGAGGUAACGCUUUGUUAGUUGGUGUUGGUGGUUCUGGAAAACAAUCUCUGACACGUUUGGCAGCGUUUAUUUCAUCCCUAGAAGUCUUCCAAAUUCAAUUAAAGAAGGGUUAUUCCAUGAAUGACAUGAAGGCAGAUAUAGCAACAAUAUAUAUUAAAGCUGGUCUAAAAAAUGUUAGUACCGCAUUCCUAAUGACCGAUGCUCAAGUACCUGAAGAACAGUUUUUGGUACUGAUUAAUGACAUGUUAGCCUCUGGUGAGAUCCCUGAGCUUUUACAAGAUGAAGAUAUUGAGAAUAUUAUCAGCAUGAUGCGUGGCGAAGUGAAGAAUAUAGGAUUGGAAGAUUCUAGGGAAAACUGUUGGAAGUUUUAUAUUAAUAAAGUAAGGAAAUUAAUCAAAGUUAUUCUGUGCUUCUCUCCAGUUGGUUCAACACUGAGGGUGAGAUCACGCAAAUUCCCAGCUGUUGUCAAUUGUACCGCCAUCAAUUGGUUCCACGAAUGGCCAAAGGAGGCUCUCGAGAAUGUCUCUAAGCGUUUCUUGUCUGAAAUUGAAGUGCUUCCUAAAGAAUUGGUUAAUUCUGUAUCUCUUUUUAUGUCAUACGUACACACAUCGGUGAAUGAAAUGUCCGAAGUGUAUUUAACGAAUGAUAAGCGUUAUAACUAUACUACACCAAAGUCAUUUCUUGAGCAAAUUGCAUUAUAUUCAAAACUUUUAUAUGAAAAAACUGGAAACGUUGAUUAUAGCAUUUCACGCUUAGAAAUGGGUUUGUUAAAGUUAGUAUCUACUUCUCAAGAAGUGGAUGGUCUUCAAGAACAACUUUCCGUACAAGAGGUGGAAUUGGCAAAUAAAAACGCACAAGCAGAUAAGCUCAUAAAAAUUCUUGGUACAGAAAAUGAGAAAGUGGCCAAGGAACAAGUUAUCGCAUCUGAGGAGGAGGCUAAAGUCACAGUAAUCCAAGAAGAUGUUUCUGUUAAAGCGAAAGUAUGUGCAGAGGAUCUGCAAAAAGCUGAACCUGCUCUCCUAGCAGCACAGGAGGCACUUAAUACGCUCAAUAAGAAUAACCUGACAGAAUUAAAAUCUUUUGGCAGUCCACCUGAAGCUGUUGUCAACGUAAUUGCAGCUGUAUUAGUUCUUUUCUGUAAAGGAAAAGUACCCAAAGAUCGCAGCUGGAAGGCAGGAAAGAUGUUAAUGAAUCGCGUGGACAAGUUUCUCGAAGAUUUACUUACUUAUGAUAAGGAAAAUAUCCAUCCAGAAAUCGUUAAAGCGAUUCAGCCAUAUGUGAAAGAUCCAGAAUUUGAUCCCAAGAAAAUUGUGUCUAAGUCAACUGCGGCAGCUGGUCUUUGCGCAUGGGUAAUUAAUAUUAUGAGAUUUUAUGAUGUAUAUUUGGUAGUCGCACCUAAGAGGCGAGCUCUGCAAGAAGCAGAGGAUGAUUUGAAUAACGCGAGGACUCGAUUGAAGGAAUUAAACGAAAAAUUGAAAUUCUUAGAAAAUCAGCUUGCUACAUUGAGAUCAGAAUUUGAACAAGCUACAGACGAUAAAUUAAAAUGUCAAGCAGAAGCUGCUGCAACGGCUAAAAGUAUCGAUUUGGCCAAUCGACUGGUGAAUGGUCUUGCUUCGGAGAAUGUUCGCUGGAGACAAUCUGUUGUAAAUUUUAAAGGACAGUUUAUAACUUUACCAGGUGAUGCACUUCUAAUCACUGCAUUCAUCUCAUACGUAGGUUGUUUUACACGUCGAUAUCGUAUUGAACUGCUGAAUAAGCAUUGGAUGCCUUUUGUAAAAAAGUUAACUUCUCCAAUACCAAUGUCAGAUGUUUGUGAUCCCUUGAGUUUGCUCACAGAUGAUGCAAUGAUUGCCAAAUGGAACAAUGAGGGAUUACCCACAGACCGUAUGUCUGCAGAAAAUGCUACCAUUUUAACUAACACCGCCAGAUGGCCACUGAUGAUUGAUCCGCAAUUACAAGGUAUCAAAUGGAUUAAAACAAAAUAUGGUGAUCAAUUAACUGUUAUCAGAUUGACGAUGCGAAAUUAUCUUGAUACUAUUGAACGUUGUAUUUCCAACGGUAACGUAAUUCUUUUGGAGAACAUUGGAGAAACAAUUGACGCUGUCCUCGAUCCUAUUCUAGGCCGUGUGCUCGUCAAGAAGGGAAAAUGUAUCAGGAUUGGUGAUCAUGAAAUUGAUUUUGAUCCAAAUUUCAAGCUCAUUAUACACACAAAACUGGCAAAUCCUCAUUACAAGCCUGAGAUACAAGCACAAACGACUCUAAUAAACUUUACUGUAACACGAGAUGGUCUUGAAGAACAGUUAUUAGCAGAGGUCGUGAAGGCUGAAAGACCUGAUUUAGAGUCAUUAAAAUCAAAUUUAACGAAACAACAAAACGAUUACAAGAUCAUUUUGAAAACUUGCGAAGAUAAUCUUUUGGAAAGACUGUCAUCGGCGUCAGGGAAUAUUCUAGGAGAUGAAGCACUCGUCAUAAAUCUAGAGACUACCAAGAAAAUGUCUGCAGAUAUCCAAAUUAAAGCAGCCGAAUCCAAAGUGACUUCGGUAAAAAUAGAUGAAGCUAGAGAGCAGUAUCGACCAGCAGCAGCUAGAGCAUCAUUGCUCUAUUUUAUACUAAAUGACCUAAAUCGAAUCAAUGCCAUAUAUCAGUUUUCAUUAAAGGCUUUUACAGUAGUUUUCAAAUAUGCUUUGUCAGUUGCCGAAGAAGCUGAGAAAUUGAAAGACCGUCUUCUAAACUUAUUAGAUAGCAUCACAUUUUCUGUCUUUAUGUAUACCAGCCGUGGACUUUUUGAGUGUGAUAAACUCAUAUUUAUGGCUCAGAUGGCUUUUCAAAUUCUACUGCAUAGUGAGGAAAUAAAUGCCGGCGAACUAGAUUUUUUACUGAGAUUCCCAGCAAUGCCCAAUUUAACAUCGCCUUUGGAUUUUCUGAGUAACGUCUCAUGGGGCGGUAUAAAAUCUUUAUCGCAGCUUGAUGAAUUUCGUGGCUUGGAUAAAGAUCUUGAAGGAUCAUCAAAACGUUGGCGCAAGCUAGUGGAUAGUGAGUGUCCAGAAAAGGAGAAGCUACCAGGAGAGUGGAAGAACAAGUCUUCCCUACAGAAAUUGAUAAUGAUGAGGGCAUUCCGACCCGAUCGCAUGACGUACGCAGUUCGCGGUUUCAUUGAAGAAAAACUGGGCCAAAAGUUUAUUACAGCCAGAACCGUUUCGUUUGAAAAAUCUUACGAGGAGACUAGCAAUGAAACGCCAACAUUCUUUAUUCUAUCGCCUGGAGUGAAUCCGCUUAAGGAUGUAGAAAAGAUGGGAAAGAAGUUGGGAUUUACGUUUGACAGUGGAAAUUUCCAUAGCGUAUCUUUAGGACAAGGACAAGAAGUUGUUGCCGAAGCGGCGAUGGAUAUAGCUGCUGAAGAAGGACAUUGGGUUAUUUUACAAAAUAUUCACUUGGUGUCAAAGUGGUUACCCAUGUUAGAGAAAAAGAUGGAACAGAAUACAGAACAAUCACACCAUAAUUACAGAUUAUAUUUAAGUGCUGAAGCUGCAGCCGACCCAUCUGCUAAUGUUCUACCGCAGGGAAUUCUAGAAUCGGCAAUCAAGAUCACUAAUGAACCUCCUACAGGUAUGCACGCUAAUCUGCAUAAAGCGUUGGAUAACUUUAAUCAGGAAACGUUGGAGUUAUGCUCAAAAGAAGCUGAGUUUAAGGCAAUACUAUUCUCGCUGUGCUAUUUCCAUGCUGUCGUUGCGGAGCGCCGUAAAUUUGGGCCUCAGGGUUGGAACAGAAAUUAUCCAUUCAACAUGGGCGAUCUGACGAUAAGCGUGAACGUACUGUACAACUACCUGGAGAAUAAUAAUAAGGUGCCUUGGGAGGAUCUCCGCUACUUAUUUGGAGAAAUUAUGUACGGUGGACACAUUACUGACGAUUGGGACCGGAGGCUAUGUAGAAAUUAUCUGCUUGAAUAUAUGCAACCGUUGCUUGUAGAGGGUGAACUGUAUUAUGCACCAGGAUUUCUUGCACCACCAAAUACAGAUUACAUCGGUUAUCAUCGACAUAUUGAUGAAAGAUUGCCACCGGAAUCUCCAUAUUUAUAUGGACUACAUCCAAAUGCAGAAAUUGGGUUUUUGACUAAUACUUCAGAGAUUCUCUUCAAAACGAUAUUUGAAAUGCAACCUAGGGAUUCUGGUGCUGCAUCUGGGGGUGGAUUGAGUCGAGAGGAUAAAGUCCGAUCUACUCUUGAUGACAUUGCAGAUAAACUUCCCGAAGAGUUUAAUAUUGCGGAAAUGAUGGCAAAGGUAGAAGAUCGGACCCCGUUCAUCAUCGUAUGUUUUCAAGAGUGCGAGCGCAUGAAUAUUCUUAUGCGUGAAAUGAAGAGGACUCUUAAAGAAUUGGACUUAGGUAUGAAAGGUGAAUUGACCAUAACCACUGAUAUGGAGGUCCUGGAGCAGGCUCUUUUUAUGGAUCAAGUUCCAGCUGGUUGGGCGGUGAAAGCUUAUCCCAGUCUUCUUCCUUUAGGACAAUGGUGCGGAGAUUUGAGUUUACGGAUUAAAGAGCUUGAGAGUUGGGUCAAUGAUUUUUCGAUGCCUGCUGCAGUAUGGCUGGGUGGUUUUUUCAAUCCUCAAUCAUUCCUCACGGCAAUUAUGCAGCAGACAGCUAGGAAAAACGAAUGGCCAUUGGACAAAAUGUGUCUCAUGUCUGAUGUAACAAAAAAACAGAAGGAGGAAUUUAUGUCAGCACCACGAGAAGGCGCCAAUGUACACGGUUUAUAUAUGGAAGGUGCCAAGUGGGAUUCACAGCUUGGAUGUAUUGGCGAAUCAAAAUUGAAAGAGCUAUUCCCUGUUGUACCUGUCGUUUACCUCAAGGCCAUCACUCAAGACAAGCAGGAUCUUCGCAAUAUGUAUGAUUGUCCUGUCUACAAAACAAAAACAAGAGGACCCACAUUUGUCUGGACAUUUAAUUUGAAGACCAAGGAACGUGCAUCUAAGUGGGUCUUGGCUGGAGUAGCUAUUCUGUUGCAAAUUUAA